GAGGAUAGUUGAGUCUAGAAUCAGAGAUAGCCCGGUCUACACAACUUAACUAAGGACAAGAUCGAGUUCAGUUUAGGACGCUCCUAACACCGUGUUGCAGGGGCGAGGAAUGGAUUCGGACUUGGACGGCACAAGUAUCAGGAGGGAAAAUGGAGAAACGAUACAAGAUAUUGCCCACGAAUGCGAUGAUUUCCUGACAGUAUGUGCGCCUGCUAAUGCAGGGUCGGGGAUCAGAAAAGCGGCGAGUAAGGAAUUGGUGAAGAAUCUCCGGGAAAAAGUUGAAAAAUAUUUCGAGGAUGAUCUGGAAAAAAGCGACGACCCAUCGAAGAAUUUAGACGAGAUUUUUAGCUUCUACUGGCAGGGGAAAUCCAUAAGUGAUGCGAACAAACUCGAGGAGGCUGCACUGGCGGAGGAAUCGGCGAUAUUGGAGGAAUCGAUAAAGGCGUUGCAGGAGGCCAUUAGAAGCGAGGAAGAGGAAGACGACCAAGUCGAUAUGAAGAGUAUACAACAGGAUUUCGUGAAGUUCAAAAAUCUUCUGAACGAUACUAUCCAGUGUGUAUUUGUCGAACGAUCGGAGGAAGUUUCAAAACUCUUAGGCGAACUACUUAAGGAAAAGUUCAACGACGGCUCAAAGCAAGAAUAUCUGAACUUGACCGACGAACGUUACUCGGACGACGUCGUUAAUGAGUUGGUCGCGAUGGGCAUUGUGGAGUACCAGGAGGACGACGACACGCAGAUCAGGCUGGCUAGACUAAGCUGCUGACGAGCGCUUUACACGACAGUGGAUUUAUUUUGUAAGUUGUACUUUUACCUUUGUAGGUGGAUUAGGAUAUUUUACAGUUUUUCUUUCGUAUAAGUCUAAUAUCAGUCGUAAGUUGUAUAUGUUUUGUAUUUUGUAAAGUAUAUUUGUAAGCAUUCCGGAAUGAGCAGAAGAAAAAUAAAAAAUAUUUUCACAAAAAA